AUGAAAUAUUUAAAAAAAUGUAACAUUAUAAAAUUAACAAUACGAUUAGAUAGAUUUUUAAAUACUCCAAUAAGCUUUAAUAAAAAAAAAGAAAUCAGAAAAUUUAACACAAGCGUAAAAGAAGAUGAUAAAAAUAAAAGUUUUGGAAGUGUACUUUUUGAUGAUAACAUAAUAAAAGGAAACAAGAAAAAUGAUAAAGUAAUAAAUACUUCAAUAAAUGGAAUAAAUGAAUUAUCAAACAGAGAUAAAAAAAAUAGACAUACAGAAAAUGGAAAGAGAAAGAACGAAAACAUAAAAGAUGAAAAUAUCAUAAGUUAUGAACAAUCUGAAUUGGUUAGAAAAAUAAGAAAAUUUUGUAGAAAAGAUGAUUUAUGUAGUUUAUAUAAAUUUAGUGAUGAAUUUUUGUAUCUACUAAAAAAAAAAAAACUAACAGAAAAUGAUUUUUCUAUAAUAAUUCAUUUAUUAAGUAAAAAAAAAUUUUAUGAUAAUAGCUUUUGGAAAAAUAUAGUUAAUACUGAUACUAUAGAUUUUAUUUUUAAUAUGAGCUUAAAACAAAUAAUUUUAUCUUUUUAUAGUAUAGUUAAUUCUUAUAAAUAUAUUAAUAUAAGUUUUUUAAAUGCUUUUACGAAUAAUUUAAUUUUAAUUUUAAACAGUCAAAAACAUUUUUUUUUGUUAGUUAGAAAAAAGAUAAAAGAAAAAAAAUUAAAAAGUCUUAAUCUUUACUUACACAAUAAUUUAGAGGGUGAAAAAAGUUGUAUAAGUAAUGAAAUUGAUAACUUAAAUAAUAGUAUAAAUAUUCAUGAAGCAAAUAAUAAAAAAAACUGGAAUAUGAUAAUUAGUAAAAAUAAAAAUGCUCUAGUUUAUAAAACAGAUGAUAAAAAUUUUAUGUCAAUUUUCAGUAAUAUAAAAAAUCAUAUGAAUUUUCUUGAUUUAACAUUAAUAUGUAACACAUAUUAUAAGUUAAAAGAAGUAGAAAAUUUAGAAAACAUUGAAGAAUUAAAAAAUAUUGUUUAUAAACUUUUUCUUUAUUUCUUAUUCUUUAACAAAAUAGAUUACAACCAUUUAUGUUUAUUUAUUUACAGUUACAGUAAGUUGAAAGGAAAACUCAAAAAUUAUAUCUUAGUUAAAAUAAAAAAUAUAUUAUUACAAACAAAUUUUCAACUAUAUCACAAUAUAUAUAAUUUAAAUAUUUGCUCACUAAAUAUGUUAAUGAAUGUACUACGAAAAAACUAUUUUAAAGAUGAUUAUUUUUUCAAAGAAAUUAUUUUAUCAUUCAUCAUUAAUUUAAAUUUAAAAGAAAAAAAAAAAAUUAAAAUAAAAAGUAAUAUAUUAAAUAGCGAUAAUAUAAAGGUCGAUGACAAUUUUUCUUUUUAUGAUUAUAUAUAUUCUAUUGAUAGAGAUUCUAUUAAUAAUAAUAGUUAUAAUUUAUAUAGAAAUGCGAACAAGAGCGAUGAUAAAAAUUGUCAUCAUAGUCCCAUAGAAAAAGGAGAACUUAUUGAAUAUUUUUUGAAAAAUAACAAUACAUAUUUAUCAAGAGAUUGUAAUAUAAUUAGAUUAAAAAAAAAGGAUUUUUGUUUUUUUGUUUAUAAUGUAAAUAAGUUAAACAUAAAAAAUUAUUAUAGUAUUUAUGAAUACAUAAAAUGCGAAGUAGAAAAACAAUUAAAUUUAUUAACUGUCUAUGAUUGCUGCAUCCUAUUAAAUUCGUUAAUAAAUUUAAAUUUAUUAAAUGAUAAAUUAUUUGUAAAAUUAUUCUCUUGCUUAAAAAUCCUAUUUGAUAAAAAUCAUUAUAAUGAAAAGGAUGUCACUGAUAUUUUCUUAUCACUUUGUAAAUAUACACAGAAAAAUACAAAACAUAAUAAUUCAAUAAAUUUAUUCCUGAAAUUGUUAUAUUCAAAAAUAGAAAUGAAAUUAAAAAAAUAUAAUUAUAUGAAUAUCAUUUCCAUUUUUUGCUGCUCUUCAUAUUUUAAUAUAAAUUUUAAUGAUAGUAUAUUACAAGAUUUAUGUAUAGAUAUACUGAAUAAUUUUAAUUGUAUUGAUAUAAAUUUAUUACUAAUUUUUUUAUAUUUUUUGAAAAGUAAAAAUUAUCAGAUAAAUUUCUUUUUUUUUAAUUCAAUUUUAUAUAAAGUUCUUUUAAAAAUUAAAGAUACAAAAACUUUCUUUUUCUUCUUUGAGCUUGUUACUAUUGACUCCACUCAAACAUUAAAAAAUGAAAAAAUAUUAAAGAAGUUUAUUGAAGUAUUGAAUCAAAAUUUUCCAUUUUUUUGUAUAAAAGAGAAAAUUAUUAUAUCUUUAAAUAUACUUAUAACACCUGUGUUAUUAUUAGAAGAAUCGUCUUUUCUAUUUUGUAAAAAAACCUUUGAAAGCAUAUUAGACUUUGAAAAAAAGAGAAAUAAUGGCAAAUUAGAAGAAAACAUAAAUAAGAAAAAAGAAAAAGAAGUAAAUUUUUUAUUACAUAAAAGAGCUGUUGAUAAUAUGGACAAUUAUUACUCUACAUUUUUUAAUGGUGAUUGCAAUAAUUUUUUAUUAAAUAAUAUAUAUUUUAUUAAUAAUUUAAAUAUUGAGGAAUUAAAAAUGUAUUUUUCUUUUUUAUUUUUAAUGAACUUGUAUCAAAAUAAAUUACCUUUUUUUAAUAAAAAUAUGUUGAUAGAAAAUGAGAAUAAAAUAAAAAAUUACUAUUAUAAUUUAUUAUAUAAACAUAAAUUUAAAGUAUAUUUUGAUUUUAUGAUUGUAUCAUUAAGCAAUGAUUGCUUAAAUUAUUUUUUAAAAACAAGUAAACUAUUUCAUAUUCCAAAGUGUAAAAGAUUUUUGGAAGAAAAAAAAAAAGACAGUGAUGAUUCUAAAUUAAAUAGAUAUUCAAAUAGAAAAAAAGAUGUUACAUUAGAAAUUUAUAGCAAUGAAAUGCUUACUUGCUUUGUUUAUUUUGAAGAAACACUUAUGAAUGCAAUAAAAAUGUAUUAUGAAGAAUUUUUUAUUUUUUCAUUUUCUCUAAGAAAAGAAAAGGAACUUCAAAAAUAUAUAAAUUGCAAAUAUCAUAACUAUUCAGAUUAUUUUUUUUAUAAUAAUGAAAACCUUUGCAUAAAAAUAAAGAAGAAUUUUUUUAUUAAUUCAUUACACAUUCCAUAUAUAUUUAAAUUGCCUAAAGAAUUAGAGUCAUUUUUGUAA